UCUCCUGCGAGCAGUCACACAAAAGGAGGGCUGCGGAAACUAAAAGUUUCGGGGCCUCCGGCUCGGGGCACGCGGAGCAGAGAAAACCUGGAGACGGGAUAUGAGGAUCGAUGAUGCAGACUGCUGGGUUCGAUGAAGCUGGGCAUUUGUAACUAGAUUCAUUAAGGAAUACAAAGAAAAUAUUUAAAGGGAUCAAUAAUGGUGUCUUCUAGCUGCAGAAUGAGAAGCCUGUGGUUUUUCAUUAUCAUCAGUUUCUCACCAAAUCCGGAAGGUUUCAGCAGAGCAGCCUUACCAUUCGGGUUAGUUAGACGAGAGCUGUCCUGUGAGGGUUAUUCUAUAGACCUGCGGUGUCCGGGCAGUGACGUCAUCAUGAUCGAGAGUGCGAACUACGGUCGGACGGACGACAAGAUCUGCGAUGCAGACCCCUUUCAGAUGGAGAACACAGACUGCUACCUCCCCGAUGCCUUCAAAAUCAUGACUCAAAGGUGCAACAAUCGAACACAGUGUGUAGUAGUUACCGGGUCAGAUGUAUUUCCUGAUCCAUGUCCCGGAACUUACAAAUACCUUGAAGUUCAAUAUGAAUGUGUCCCUUACAUCUUUGUGUGUCCUGGAACCUUGAAAGCAAUUGUGGACUCACCCAGUAUUUAUGAAGCUGAGCAAAAGGCAGGUGCUUGGUGCAAGGACCCUCUUCAGGCCGCAGAUAAAAUUUACUUUAUGCCCUGGACUCCCUACCGCACCGAUACUUUAAUAGAAUAUGCUUCUUUAGAAGAUUUUCAAAACAGCCGCCAGACAACAACAUACAAACUUCCAAACCGUGUAGACGGUACUGGAUUUGUGGUGUACGAUGGAGCUGUCUUCUUUAACAAGGAAAGAACAAGAAACAUUGUUAAAUUUGACUUGAGGACUAGAAUUAAGAGUGGCGAGGCCAUAAUCAACUAUGCCAACUACCAUGAUACUUCACCCUACAGAUGGGGAGGGAAGACAGAUAUUGACCUCGCAGUGGAUGAAAACGGCUUAUGGGUCAUUUAUGCCACCGAGCAGAACAAUGGAAUGAUCGUGAUCAGCCAACUCAAUCCGUACACACUUCGAUUCGAAGCAACCUGGGAGACGGCGUAUGACAAGCGUGCGGCGUCCAACGCUUUCAUGAUAUGUGGGGUUCUCUAUGUGGUCAGGUCAGUGUACCAAGACAAUGAAAGCGAAGCAGGCAAGAACACCAUUGAUUACAUUUACAACACGCGGUUAAGCCGGGGAGAGUAUGUAGAUGUUCCUUUCCCCAACCAGUACCAGUAUAUCGCCGCAGUGGAUUACAAUCCACGAGAUAACCAGCUCUACGUAUGGAACAAUAACUUCAUUUUACGGUAUUCUCUGGAGUUUGGUCCACCUGACCCCGCCCAAGUGCCUACCACAGCUGUGACAAUAACUUCUUCAGCUGAGCUGUUCAAAACCACAGUGUCAACCACAAGCAGUACUUCACAGAGAAGCCCCGUGAGCAGCACAGUAGCUGGUCCUCAGGAAGGAAGCAGAGGGACAAAGCCACCUCCAGCAGCCUCAACAACCAAAAUUCCUCCUGUAACAAAUAUUUUUCCCCUGCCAGAGAGAUUCUGCGAAGCCUUAGAAAGGAAGGGGAUAAAGUGGCCUCAGACACAAAGGGGGAUGAUGGUUGAGCGACCAUGUCCCAAGGGAACAAGAGGAACGGCCUCGUAUCUCUGCAUGGCAUCCACAGGAACCUGGAACCCAAAGGGUCCGGAUCUUAGCAACUGCACGUCUCACUGGGUGAAUCAGCUGGCCCAGAAGAUCAGAAGUGGGGAGAAUGCUGCAAGUCUGGCCAAUGAACUGGCCAAGCACACCAAGGGGUCCGUGUUUGCCGGGGACGUGAGUUCCUCCGUGAGGCUGAUGGAACAGCUGGUGGACAUCCUGGACGCUCAGCUGCAGGAGCUGAAACCUAGUGAGAAGGACUCGGCUGGGAGGAGCUACAACAAGCUCCAAAAACGAGAGAAGACAUGCAGGGCUUACCUUAAGGCAAUUGUGGACACAGUAGAUAACCUUCUGAGAUCCGAGGCUUUGGAAUCCUGGAAACACAUGAAUUCUUCAGAGCAGGCGCACACUGCCACAAUGUUGUUGGAUACCUUGGAAGAAGGAGCAUUUGUCCUAGCAGACAACCUUUUGGAACCAACCAAGGUCUCAAUGCCAACAGAAAAUAUUGUUCUCGAAGUUGCUGUCCUCAGCACGGAAGGGCAGGUCCAAGACUUUAAAUUCCCUCUUGGCUUCAAGGGCAGCUCCAUCCAGCUCUCAGCAAACACUGUCAAGCAGAACAGCAGGAAUGGGCUGGCCAAGCUGGUAUUUAUCAUUUACCGGAGUCUGGGACAAUUCCUCAGCACUGAGAACGCGACCAUAAAGCUGGGUGCAGACCUCACGGGUCGGAACAGCACCAUUGCGGUGAACUCACACGUCAUUUCCGUCUCCAUCAAUAAGGAGUCCAGCCGAGUGUACUUGACAGACCCUGUGCUUUUCACACUGCCACACAUUGAUCCUGACAAUUAUUUCAAUGCAAACUGUUCCUUCUGGAACUACUCAGAGAGAACCAUGAUGGGAUAUUGGUCUACCCAGGGCUGCAAGCUGGUUGACACUAAUAAAAGUCGCACGACGUGUGCAUGCAGCCACCUAACCAAUUUUGCUAUUCUCAUGGCCCACAGGGAAAUUGUGUAUAAAGAUGGCGUUCACGAGCUGUUGCUGACAGUCAUCACCUGGGUGGGCAUCGUUGUCUCCCUCGUCUGCCUGGCUAUUUGCAUCUUCACCUUCUGUUUCUUCAGAGGUCUGCAAAGUGACCGCAAUACCAUCCACAAGAACCUUUGCAUCAACCUCUUCAUUGCUGAAUUUAUUUUUCUAAUAGGCAUUAAUAAGACAAAAUACACGAUUGCAUGCCCCGUGUUUGCAGGGCUUCUGCACUUUUUCUUCCUGGCGGCUUUUUCCUGGAUGUGCCUAGAAGGUGUGCAGCUCUACUUAAUGUUGGUGGAAGUUUUCGAGAGCGAAUAUUCAAGGAAGAAGUAUUACUAUGUCGCUGGGUACCUGUUCCCUGCCACAGUGGUCGGCGUUUCAGCUGCUAUUGACUACAAGAGUUACGGGACAGUAAAGGCCUGCUGGCUUCACGUGGAUAACUAUUUCAUAUGGAGCUUCAUUGGGCCUGUCACUUUCAUUAUUCUGCUUAAUAUUAUUUUCCUGGUGAUCACGCUGUGCAAAAUGGUGAAACAUUCAAACACGUUGAAACCAGAUUCUAGCAGGUUGGAAAACAUUAAGUCUUGGGUGCUUGGCGCGUUUGCCCUGCUGUGUCUCCUGGGCCUAACCUGGUCCUUUGGGUUGCUUUUUGUUAACGAGGAGACUGUUGUCAUGGCGUAUCUCUUCACCGCCUUUAAUGCUUUCCAGGGACUGUUCAUUUUCAUCUUCCACUGUGCUCUUCAAAAGAAAGUACGAAAAGAGUACGGCAAGUGCUUCAGACACUGGUACUGCUGUGGUGGCCUCCCGACCGAGAGUCCGCACAGCUCUGUGAAGGCGUCCACCACCCGCACCAGUGCUCGGUACUCCUCUGGCACACAGAGCCGUAUAAGAAGGAUGUGGAAUGACACCGUGAGGAAGCAGUCUGAAUCGUCUUUUAUCUCAGGUGACAUCAAUAGCACUUCUACCCUUAAUCAAGGAAUGACUGGCAAUUACCUACUAACAAACCCUCUUCUUCGACCCCACGGCACUAACAACCCCUAUAACACAUUGCUCGCUGAAACAGUUGUAUGUAAUCCCCCUUCAGCUCCCGUGUUUAACUCACCAGGACAUUCACUGAACAAUGCCCGGGACACAAGUGCCAUGGAUACUCUACCGCUCAAUGGUAACUUCAACAACAGCUAUUCACUGCGCAAGGCGGACUACCACGACGGCGUGCAGGUCGUGGACUGUGGACUAAGUCUGAAUGACACCGCGUUUGAGAAAAUGAUCAUUUCAGAGUUAGUGCACAACAACCUCCGGGGUGGCAGCAAAACCCACAACUUAGAGCUCAAGCUCCCGGUUAAACCUGUGAUCGGCGGCAGCAGCAGUGAAGAUGACGCCAUUGUGGCUGACGCCUCAUCUUUGAUGCACGGAGACAACCCUGGGCUGGAGUUCCGCCACAAAGAGCUGGAGGCGCCGCUCAUCCCUCAGCGGACUCACUCGCUUCUGUACCAACCCCAGAAAAAAGUGAAGCCGGAAGCAACCGACAGCUACGUCUCCCAGCUGACGGCCGAGGCUGACGAUCACCUCCAGUCCCCCAACAGAGACUCUCUGUACACGAGCAUGCCCAACCUAAGAGACUCUCCCUACCCGGAGAGCAGCCCGGACAUGGCGGAGGACCUGUCUCCCUCCAGGAGGAGUGAGAACGAGGACAUUUACUAUAAAAGUAUGCCCAAUCUUGGAGCUGGCCGCCAGCUCCAGAUGUGCUAUCAGAUCAGCAGAGGCAAUAGCGAUGGUUACAUCAUCCCCAUCAACAAAGAAGGGUGCAUCCCGGAGGGUGACGUCAGGGAAGGACAGAUGCAGCUGGUAACAAGUCUUUAAUAGUACAGCUAAGGAAUUCCUAGGGCCACACGCAAGUAUUAAUUGAUAAAGACGCUGGCAGCGGGCCCUGCAGCUCCCUCCAACUCGGCCAGAAGAAUGGGCUGUGUUGGCCCGUGGCGCUCAACUGUAGGAAAACAAAACAGACUGAACCUCGCAGUUCUGUGAAUUUUUAUAAAACAUGCAAAAACUUUGUAUAUACACAGAGUAUACUAAAUUGAAUUAUUUGUUACAAAGAAAAAAAAAAAGAAAUGCCAACCAGGUAUUUUACGUUUCUGCUGCUGUGUAGAGAGAUUGUAAAAGAAACAAGAGCCCCUCCCAGCCAUGUUACUUGCGGCAGUUGGUGAACUAAGUCUGUAAAUAGGGCCCUACCGGUUUUUUGGUUUUUUGUUUUUGUUUUUGUAGGCCUGCAUUGUAUUAUAUACAAGACGUAGGCUUUAAGAUCCUGUGGGACAAAUUGACUGUAUCUUACUUUUCCUGACACGACUUGGAAAAGCAGGAGAGAGAUUCUGCACCCGUUUGCACUUCCCUGCAAACCUUUUACAUUAAGGCAACCAUUGAAACCAUGUUAACCCAGUAGCAAUGAAGCCACAGGCCUUAUUUCAAUGUCUACUCAACUGUACAAUGAACUAUUCUCAUGAAAAAAAAUGGCUAAAGAAAUUAUAUUUUGUUCUAUUGCUAGGGUAAAAUAAAUACAUUUGUGUCCAACUAAGAUAUCAUUAAAAUAAUUUUAAAAGAGUUUGGAGAAAAUAUUGUGUCGAGCUCUUGGUUGCACAAAAUAGACAAUGUUUCUUCCUCCACCCGUCCUGGAGACCUCUGCUCAUCUUUGUUGAUUUCCCGCUGUAGACAGCGUCUGCUGGGAACACUUAGUCCCCUUCCGUACAUUUAAAUCUCUUAUUGCCAAAAGAGUGUGUUUUAUGGGGAGAAAAACUCUUUGAAGUCCUGCCAUGCCUUGCACAAAUGUGGGGAAAUCUGGAGGUCUUGAGUCAACCCUCUGUUUAUUCUGGAACAGAGGGGAAGGGGUCACUUGGCACUUCUCACAAACUUUCUAGUGAACAAAAGGUGCCUAUUCUUUUUUUAAAAAAAUAAAAUAAAUAAAAAUAAAAUAAAACAGAAAUAUUACUCUUCCAUAUUCCUUCUGCCUAUAUUUAGUAAUUAAUUUAUUUUAUGGUAAAGUUCUAACGACGUGUAAAUUGUUUCAGCAAAGCUCUGCUCUCCUUUCAAGCCCUUUGUGUAAAGCUGUUAGUAUCGAGCCUACCACUAAUAUCCAGUGUAAAGUUUAACACGGUUUGACAGUAAAUAAAUGUGAAUUUUUUCAAGUA